UGCCAUGGCGCUGCCGCGGGGCGCCGGGCGCGGCGCUGCCGCCGCCGCCGAGCGGGGCUGGUACCUGUCCGCCCGCGAGGAGGACGAGGACGCGGACGAGGACGCGGAGUCCGCCCCGCUGCUGCCGGGCAGCGUGCGUCAUCCCCCGGAUCGUGGCUCUUCCUUCGGUUUCUCCGUGUUUAAUCUAAUGAACGCGAUCAUGGGGAGCGGGAUUCUUGGCUUAUCCUAUGCUAUGGCCAACACGGGGAUCAUGGGCUUUAGUAUCUUGCUGCUGAUUGUUGCCGGCCUUGCUUCUUACUCUGUAUUUCUUCUGCUCAGUAUGUGCACUCAGACUGCUGUUACUUCUUAUGAAGACCUUGGCCUUUUUGCAUUUGGAUCACCUGGGAAGGUUCUUGUUGCAACUACAAUAAUUAUCCAGAAUAUUGGAGCUAUGUCAUCUUAUCUUUUAAUUGUUAAAUCUGAACUUCCUGGUGCUGUUGCGGGGUUCUUGAGUGGAGACAGCGAGAGUGGCUUUUCCAGCAGGUCUUGGUACCUUGAUGGGAGACUGCUGCUACUGAUUACUUCGGUCUGCGUUGUUUUUCCUCUUGCACUUCUUCCUAAAAUUGGCUUUCUUGGCUACACAAGUAGUUUAUCAUUUUUCUUUAUGGUGUACUUUACUCUUGUGAUUAUAAUUAAAAAAUGGUCCAUCCCUUGUCCUCUACCUCUAAGCAGUGGAGUAGAGAACUUACAGAUUUCAAAUAUUACUGGGGAAUGUAAAGCAAAGCUCUUCCGUCUUUCCAAAGAGAGUGCUUAUGCAAUACCAACUAUGGCCUUCUCUUUUCUCUGCCAUACCUCAGUCUUACCCAUUUACUGUGAGCUCCAAAGCCCAUCCAAAAGUAGAAUGCAGAAUGUAACUGUCACAGGAAUUGGUCUGAGUUUCCUAAUUUACUUUGUAUCUGCUUUGUUUGGGUACCUGACUUUUUAUGACAAAGUGGGCUCUGAAUUACUGCAAGGUUACAGCAGGUACCUGCCACAUGAUACCGUAAUCAUGACUGUUAAACUUGCCAUACUAUUUGCUGUGAUUUUGACAGUCCCUCUAAUCCAUUUCCCAGCAAGGAAAGCUGUGCUGAUGGUAUUUUUCUCUCAUCUUCCUGUGUCGUGGAUUUGCCAUAUUUUUAUCACUUUAACAUUGAAUACAAUUGUUGUUUUGUUUGCAAUGUAUGUGCCUGACAUCAAAAAUGUAUUUGGAGUAGUUGGUUCAACCACAUCAACGUGUUUGCUUUUUGUAUAUCCUGGAUUGUUUUAUCUUAAACUUAGCAGAGAGGACUUAAUAUCACCACAGAAACUUGGGGCAUGUGCAUUGGUUAUUUUUGGCAUUUGUGUUGGUCUUCUCAGUUUAAUUUUAAUAAUUUUCAAUUGGAUUAAUCAGUAAGACACUAUCCCCUCUGACUAAACUGGACUGGAGAAAGACAGUAGAACAGAGAUGAUACCAAAACUGUUGAAGUAAAUGCUGGACAUUCUAAAGAAAAAAAAAAUGACCAAAGCUGGCAAUGGAAAAAAACAACCUUCUUUUUUUAUUCUAUUAAUAAUGAACCUUCAAUUAAACUCAAGUUUAAUUUUGAGUCACUCUUCA